AUGGCGCAGCAGGAACGAAGUUUGUCGCGAAAGCGAAGUGCAAUCUGGACAUUGUUUACGCCCGCUGGAGACCAUGUUGCAAAAUGCAAUUUUUGUGGCGCUCUUACGUCCUACAAGGGGGGAGCAACGGCAAAUCUCUGGCGUCACGCGCGUACCAAGCACCCUACGUUAACUGUUUCAAGGGCAUGUCCUAUCCGAGGCCCACAGCAACAGUUAGUUGUCGAAAAUGUGGACGAUCCUGGGUUGCUGGACCCCCUGCCCUCCGCGGCUGCGUCAAGCUCGGAAGUAGCCUCGACAAGUUCGUGCACAGUGACAACUGUCUGUGCACCAUCAACUUCAUCUCAGCCAGUGGCGUCCGAGGGACGACGAAGGGAAAUUCAAAGUACAAUUUCACAGUUCGUGUCACGACCACUGCCUCACAGCAAGACAGCCAAGCUUGAUGAGGAACUUGUCAAAUUAAUAGUAAAGGAGUAUCACCCGUUCUCUCUUGUCGAAGGUGAGCGGUUUCGCAGUUUCGUGCGCGCUCUCAACCCGGGAUAUGUCCUUCCUACGAGAAAGACACUGUCCUCUACACUUCUUUCGCAGCAGUACACAAAAAUCUCGGAAGACGUAAGAAGGCAGCUGCGAUGUGCUACGCAUGUUUGCUUGACAACGGAUGGAUGGACUUCACUGACAAACGAGAGCUACAUCGCUUUAACAGCGCACUUCUUUGAUGAAAACUGUGAUCUGAGAUCGUGCCUCCUUGAAUGCUUUGCAUAUAGUGCAAGGCAUACUGCAGAGAACCUCGCAAUAGAACUGCAACGAGUGGCAAGAGAGUGGCAUGUGGAAGAAAAAGUGUCAGCUGUGGUAAGUGACAACGCAGCGAAUAUUACUGCCGCCGUACGCAUAUGUGGUUGGCCCCACCAUCCCUGUUUUGCGCAUACACUGAACUUAGUUGUUCAAACAGGUGUACGCGAAAUUAUCAACGUGCAAGCUAAGGUUAAAGCCAUUGUUCGCUUUUUCAAGCAGAGUGCUCACGGACUGGCGAAGCUCCAAUCGAUGCAGCAACAAAUGGGUGCACCGAUGUUAAAAUUGAAACAAGACGUUCCAACAAGAUGGAAUUCCACAUAUGAAAUGUUUUCAAGGUUGAUAACUUUGAAGGAGGCUAUACAGUCGACACUGGCCAUCCUCGACUCCGGGGUGGAGUCACUCUCCCAGAGUGAAUGGCAUAUUGUGGAAAAAUCCUGUGACAUACUGAAGCCGUUUUUGGAAGUAACCACUGAAAUGAGUAGCGAGAAGGCAGUGACAGCAUCAAAAGUAAUUUUGCUGAGCAAUGCUCUCAUGGCCCACGUGGGAAACGCCGCAAAAGAUGAAAGCCUCCCUGAAAUCUGCGCAAAAAUGGUUCAGGUUCUUGACGAGCAAAUGAAAAAGCGAUUUUCCGAUGUGGAAGCCGUGAAAAUACUGGCUGAAGCAACGUUUUUGGACCCUCGUUUCAAGAGACACGGGUUUCGUAAGGAGGUCACAUUCAGAAAUGCCUACCGUUGGCUCACACAACAAGCAAACUCCGUUGAAGUUGCAGAGUGCGACCAAUCAAGGUUCCAGCUUUCUGCACAGGAGGCAAACCAGGACUCUCCGUCCAUUUGGCAGACUUUCGACACAACCGUGUCGAGCCUCGUCAAUCCCGCAAAUCCAACUGCGGCUGGGAUACGCGAACUAGACAAGUACUUGCAGGAGCCCAUGAUUCCGAGGAAAACAAAUCCAAUUCUCUGGUGGAAAGAAAGGAGACACGUCUAUCCGCGUCUUUUUGAAAUAAUGAAGAGUAGGCUGUGUGUCGUCGCAACGUCAGUCCCAUGUGAAAGAAUCUUCUCCAAAGCUGGACAGAUUGUGACGGAAAGAAGAAACCGCCUUGGGCACAACAAGGUUUCGAAAGUGCUAUUUUUGAAUGCAAACAUGCAGUGA